AUGGGCGUCCUUGGAGCAAUGGCUAGACAUUUGGACACUACUAUAAUAGGGCCAGGAGUAAUGCUUCUUUAUCCUCUAUAUGCAUCAAUGAGGGCGAUUGAAAGUCCUUCAACCUUAGAUGAUCAACAGUGGCUAACGUAUUGGAUUUUGUACUCCUUCUUGACCCUCUUUGAGCUUUCGUCUUAUAAGAUCCUAUCUUGGUUUCCCAUUUGGCCAUACCUGAAGCUUGUGUUUUGCAUGUGGCUGGUUCUGCCAAUGUUCAAUGGAGCUGCUUACAUAUAUGAGAAUUAUGCGAGGCAAUACACAAAGAAAAUAGGAAGCUAUGGAGGUUCCAAUUAUCCUGAGGAGUACAAGAAGGUCCUUCAGAUGAUGACAUUAGAUGCAAGGAAAGCAGUUGAACGCUAUAUUGAUAGAUAUGGCACUGAUGCCUUUGAGAAAGUAAUCAGAGCGGCUGAGAAAGAAGCAAAGAAGCACUGAGUAUUGAUUUGACGAAAGUUAUUGGAAUGAAAGAAUGCAAAUUAACAUGUUGUGAUCAGUACUUCUAUAGUUCUAUGUAUAUUUUAUUAGUAUGAAGACUGAGUUUGA